UUGACCAAACGCAUUCUUCUUUGGACUCUCUUCUCUCUCUGCGUUGCUGUGAAGCGAUCCAGUGAAAGAGCCAGGAAAAGCUUGAAGAAGAGCAAACAAUGGCGGAGACCAAGACAAAGUACGAUCGUCAACUCAGGAUUUGGGGAGAAUUAGGGCAAACGGCUCUGGAAGAAGCGAGCAUCUGUUUGCUCAAUUGCGGUCCCACUGGCACCGAGGCGUUGAAGAACCUCGUCCUCGGAGGAGUAGGCAGCAUCACCAUUGUUGACGGAUCCAAGGUCGAAAUCGGAGACCUCGGAAACAAUUUCAUGGUGGAUGAGGCAAGUGUUGGACAGUCAAAAUCCAAGUGUGCGUGUGCGUUUCUUCAAGAGCUAAAUGAUGCUGUUAAGGCUAAGUUCAUUGUGGAGCAGCCAGAGACACUGAUACGGACAAGCCCAUCUUUCUUCUCUCAGUUCACCAUCGUCGUGGCCACUCAGCUGGUGGAAGAUUCAGCGGUAAAACUUGAUAGAAUCUGUCGAGAGGCAAAUGUCAUGUUGGUUCUUGCUCGCUCCUAUGGCCUUACCGGUUAUGUUCGGAUUAGUGUAAAGGAGCACGCUGUGGUUGAGUCAAAGCCUGAUCAUUUUCUUGAUGACCUCCGGUUGAAUAAUCCAUGGCCUGAACUCAAGAGGUUUGUUGAGUUGAUUGAUUUAAAUGUACCAGAUCCUGUUAACCAUAAGCACAUACCCUAUGUUGUCAUUCUUGUCAAGGUGGCCGAAGAAUGGGCUCAAAACCAUGGUGGUAACCUUCCCUCGACCCGGGAAGAGAAAAAGGAGUUUAAGGAUUUGGUUAAGUCCAAGAUGAUAUCAAUGGAUGAGGAUAACUACAAAGAAGCUAUCGAAACUUCUUUCAAAGUGUUUGCCCCUCGAGGAAUUAGCCCAGAGAUUCAACAGAUUAUUGAUGAUAGUUUUGCUGAUGUCAGUCCCAACUCCUCAGAUUUUUGGGUAAUGGUAGCGGCUCUGAAGGAGUUUGUUUCAAACGAAGGUGCUGGGGAGGCACCACUUGAAGGCUCCAUACCAGAUAUGACAUCUUCAACAGAGCACUAUAUCAAUUUGCAGAAAAUCUACCAAGCCAAAGCCGAGGCUGAUUGUUUUGUCAUGGAGAAACAGGUUAAAAACAUACUAAAGAAAAUUGGCCGAGAUCCAAAUAGUAUCUCUAAGCCAACAAUCAAGAGCUUCUGCAAGAAUGCAAGAAAACUCAAAGUAUGCAGGUAUCGCAUGAUAGAGGACGAACUCAGAAAUCCUUCAGUGUCUGAGGUGCAAAAGUUUUUGACUGAUGAAGACUACAGCGGUGCAAUGGGAUUCUAUAUUCUUCUUAGAGCUGUUGAUAGAUUCGCAGCCAACUAUAAUAGAUUUCCUGGAGAGUUUGAUGGAGGAAUGGACGAGGACAUAUCUCGGUUGAAAACUACAGCCAUAGGCCUUCUAAGCGACAUUGGUUGUAACGGCUUUAUACUGCCUGAAGAUCUAAUCAAUGAGAUGUGCCGGUUUGGUGCUUCAGAGCUUCAUGCAGUUGCUGCCUUUAUCGGAGGAAUUGCAUCUCAAGAAGUAAUCAAGCUUGUAACCAAGCAGUUUGUCCCAAUGUCGGGGACGUACAUUUUCAACGGCAUCGAUCAAAAGUCUCAGUUGCUGACAUUAUAGGAUUGAGGGAGAGAGCUUCAUUUCAUAUAAUGGUCACACUUGUAUCUCCCAAGUUCACUACCCGAAGAAAAUGGGUGGAUUAUUUCAUUAUAAAAAAAAAAUUAAAAUGGCUUUCCAGAAACAGUGGGCCGCUACUGA